AAAUAUCAGCAUGAGCGCCCCUCUGCUCUUUGGGCGCACCUGCGCCAAACACGCCUUCCAAAAGCAGUCCAACGCCCUUCCCUUCUUCAAGUCCCAGGCCACUCGCUCCUUCACCUUUACUGCUAGAACAUACAACCGCCCACGAUUCUUUCAAAAUGCUCGUCAAUUCUUUAGAAGUCCACCUCCGCCCAUCAAAGGUGGCACUCUUUGCCUCGCCGCUCUCUCGCCCGCUGCUUUCGUAUCGCUGAGCGAGAAUGAGGAGUCUGAUGAUGGCUUGACAGGCGAGCAACAGAUGCUCGAAGCUUCGAGGAAAGAGUUGGCUGAGCAGGUCCCUCGCUGGGUCGGGGGUUCAAAAUCCCUCCGUAAGGGCCUUUGGAAGUUCCUCGAUACUUGGAUCAUUGAACCCAUUGCCACUGGCUUCAGACUACUACAUUUGAUCUUCAUUUUUGUUCCUGUCAUUGUCACCGUGCCCGUCAUAUGGUUCGGCCAAAGACAACCCGACAGGGACAAUGAGAGGUCCGGAACACUCUGGUGGUACGCUUUCUUGGUAAAUGGCAUGGAGAGAGCCGGUGCUGCCUUCAUCAAGGUAUCCAAUCACAAUCUUGCGAAUCGCUCGACAUCGACUAACUUGUUGUGUAGCNUCGGCCAAUGGGCUGCUUCCAGAACCGACAUCUUCCCAACCCAGAUGUGCGCCAUCAUGUCUGCUCUCCACUCCAAUGCUCCUGCCCACUCGCUCCGUCACACUAAGAAGACCAUCGAGCGCGCUUUCGGCAUGAAAUUCGAAGACAUCUUUGAGGAAUUUGAUGAGAAACCAUUGGGUGUUGGUGCCAUAGCACAGGUCUACAAAGCAAAACUGAAGCCUGAUAUUGCUGUUAGCGAGGAUCUCGAUCCUCAUGGCUCCGACACUUACCGCGAGAAGAUAAAGAGAGGUGUUGAUAUUACCUUGAAGAGCACGCCACAAAGAACACCUUCCAAAUACGUUGCCAUCAAGGUUCUUCAUCCCAAGAUCGAGCGCAUCGUGCGCAGAGACUUGAAGAUCAUGGGUUUCAUGGCUUCUAUCAUCAACCUGAUUCCUACCAUGGAGUGGCUUUCUUUCCCUGAUGAAGUCGAACAGUUUGGCGAGAUGAUGCGCUUGCAGCUUGACCUUCGUAUCGAGGCCGCCAACUUGACCAUCUUCCGGAAGAACUUCCGCAACCGUACCACCGCUUGGUUCCCUUACCCCUACACACAAUAUACUUCUCGUCAGGUUUUGGUAGAAGAGUUCGCCCAGGGUAUUCCACUUGAGGACUUUUUGCAAAACGGCGGUGGUGUCUUCCAGAAGGAAAUCGCAGACGAAGGUCUUGAUGCCUUCCUUCACAUGCUCUUGAUCGACAACUUCAUCCACGCCGAUCUGCAUCCCGGAAACAUCAUGGUUCGCUUCUACAAACCUGCUCAGAUUGACGCAGGUAGCUUCUUCAGCAGACCAAAGCCCGAUCCCAAACAAUCGACGGACGUGACGGAAGAAGUUCUCGAACGUCUAAGGCCGCACAGAAAGUCCAAGGACGACUGGAGUCGGACAUUAGACCAGAUCGAUCGCGAGGGUUACCGUCCCCAACUCAUCUUCAUCGAUACUGGUCUGGUCACUGAACUGAAUGGCAUCAACCGCCGCAACUUCCUCGAUCUGUUCAAGUCUGUCGCCGAAUUUGAUGGUUACAAAGCAGGACAUCUGAUGGUGGAGCGCUGUCGCCAACCAUCCGCUGUCAUCGACAAAGAAGUCUUUGCCCUUCGUAUGCAACAUCUGGUGCUAGGUGUCAAGAGCCGCACGUUUGCUCUCGGAAAUAUCAAGAUCGGCGACAUCUUGAACGAAGUAUUGAGCAUGGUUCGCGGCCACCAUGUCAGACUCGAAGGCGAUUUUGUCAACGUAGUGUUGAGUAUCCUCCUCCUCGAAGGCAUUGGCCGCAGCUUAAAUCCCGAAUUGGACUUGUUCUCUGGACAACUAGGUACCUCCGGAGGUGCAGGCAACAUGCUCAAGGGAGGCGAUCUUUCAAUGAUCAAAGUGUGGGCUGGCCUCGAGGCGAGAAAGUUCAUGCAGGCCAGUGUUGAGAGUGUCGAGUCGUUGGUCGCUCAUGACCAAUUGUCUCCUAAUAUA